AUGCCCAUAUUUGGUAAUUAUUACCGUAUAAUUAUUAUAAUUGUAUCAUUUUUGUGUUUAACAAGCAUAUGCUCCAAUUAUAAUAUUAUAAAUUUUACAUUUAUCUGUAUGAAAGAUGAUUAUUCUAUUACAUAUACAAUUGGAAAUCAGACAAGGAGUGUAUUCGACUAUACAACAACUGAAAAAUCCUAUAUUCUAUGGGCUGUAGCUCUUGGUACUCUCAUCGGAACAUUUCCCAUCAACUAUCUUUAUACUCUUUAUGGAGCCAAAUAUCCUUUUUUCAUUUGUGGCAUGUUGUCUGUUGUGUCCACAGCUUUAACUCCAUUGGCUGCUGAGACGGGUCUCAAACAUUUUCUUUUUAUUCGUUUUCUGCAAGGAUUAGCGUAUUCAGCUGAUUUCGCAGCCAUCGGCUUAAUAUGUGUACGAUGGGCACCUCUAUCAGAGUUAGCUAUCUUCAUUGGAAUAUUGAUAUCUUUCACACCCUUCUCUAGUAUCGUUACAAAUUCUGUAACUGGACAGUUAUGUGUGACACUCGGCUGGAGAUCAUCUUACUAUUUCCAUGCUUUGGCAGGAUUUGUGAUCUUCACCAUGUGGCUUAUCUGUUACAAAGAUGAUCCAAAAGAUUGUCACAACAUCACUGAUCGAGAACUAUACGUGAUUCAGAAAGGAAAAACCAAGCAACAUAUUGAAGGAAAAUCAAAAACAGUGCCAUACCUGAAACUCAUCACUGACCCAACCAUCUUAAGUGUAUGGUUCACAGCUUUUGUAGAAAUGUCUGUCAUCAUUUUGAUCGUCACAUACACUCCAAUUUAUUUUCAUCGGGUUCUUGGUUACAGUAUCCAAGCCACAGGAUUCAUUGUUGCUGUGUCUACCUUAUCUCAGAUACCUUUUAAGGUUGUCGCUGCAGUUUGCAGUGAUAAAAUCAAAUGUGUUUCGGAAAUUUCAAAAAUUUUCUUCUUCAACACUCUGGCUGUUGGUAUUCCGGGAUUGAUCUUGUGCUUUGUCGGGUACAUAGAUCCAUCAUAUGCAACUGUAUCUGUCAUCGCUUUCACUUUCUUCCAUUGCUUCUCCAGCAUGAAUUGUGGAGGCUUCUAUAAAUGCGGAACAUUGACUUCAAGACAAUAUGCUCAUGUAGUCAUUGGAAUGAUUCAAUGGAUGAAAUGUGUGGCUCUUUUCACUUCACCUUUUAUGGUUCGACAGUUCGUUGAAGAUGAAACUUCAUCCGAGCAAUGGACUCCUGUUUAUCUCAUUUGUGGAAUCCUGCUUCUAACAGCAAACUUUACGGCAUACGUUACCUUCACGGAUAAGCCGGCAAGUUAUACAAAGGAUGAAGAAGUGGAAAAGAACGUGGAGGAAGAAGGAAAGGUUCAAAUAGAAGCUUCUAUUUAG